GUAAAGGGUCCUUACCUCCCUAUCAAGCAUUCGGAUCAGGUGCCUACACCUUUCGUUCUUGAUACAUGCCAUUGCUAUCGGCGAAUUACUGCACUUGUGCAUAAAAAAGCCAAAAUGAGACUCUCAUGGGCUUUGGGCCUUGUGGUCACUAUAUUAACCGUGACGGAAACAGCGGGUUUGAGGAACUGGUUUAGUAAAGCUGUAUACAACAGAUGGCACGAAACAGAGCUUGAACGUUGGCUUUCUGACCACGAUAUUCCAUAUCCUACCCCAGCGGAUAGAAAAGAUCUUGAGGAGCUCGUGAAAAAUAAUUGGGAGUCGCGCGUGCAAAUUCCCAUCCAUCACACGGUAGAACAUGUGGCUGACUAUCUGGGCGAUGCGAAGGAGUGGAUUUUUGAUACCUGGAGUGAUUCCCAAUUGAAAACCUUCCUUGAUAAACAUGGAAUUUCUAGCCCACAACCAAACAAGCGUGAUAAACUAUUGGCGGUAGUACGAGAAAACUACGAAGCCAUUGCUCGAAAACUUGGACAAACCACAUUCUACCCUGGGAAUUGGCUUUAUGAGCAAUGGUCAGAAUCCGAUCUAAAGGAAUACCUCGACAGUCAUGGGUAUCACGUACCGCAGCCAACAACUCGGGAUAAACUGGUUGCUAGCGUACGGCGUAACGCUCGUCUUGCGAGUAUAAAAUCUCGCCAAGCCGCCGCUUCCGCAUCUUCGUCAGCGGAGGCUGCUCAGAAAUCGUUAUCAGAGGCCUUGUUUAAUGCCUGGUCAGAAUCUGAAUUCAAAGAGUUUUUCGAUAAGCACGGAAUCAAGGUCCCUCAGGGUUCGCGACGCAACGAGCUUAUUGCCCUGGCACGAAAACAUCGGGCUUCUUUGCUACAAAAGCCCACUGCAUCAGUCACACAUGCGUAUGGUGCGGCAACUUCAAAAGCUGGAAACGAAUUUGCUCGUGCGACGGAGGAUGUACGACUCAGAGCGGCAGAUAUGUUCAAUUCUGCCAUUAGUCAAUGGUCUGACUCACGCCUCAAGGCUUAUUUGGAUGCGCGUGGUGUUCAGGUGCCGCAGGGAACGAAACGAGAUGAACUCCUUGCCAAAGUGCGCCUCCACAGGCGCAAAGCAAUGACUGGAUUCUCUGCUUGGACAUUUGAUACCUGGACCAAGGAAAAUUUAGGGAAAUAUAUGUCUUCCCAGCAUCAGAAGAUGAUGGAAAACGUUGAAUAUACCCGCGAUGAACUCCUGAGAAAGGCAAAAUCCGCAUACAACCAAGUUUCUAAUGCCGGUGGAGAAGAUUUCGCUGCCGUCACGAACUAUUUGGCGCAGCAAGUUAGCUCAACCAAGGACGCUGCAUUCGACACCUGGUCCCGGGUUGAUCUGGAAAAGUACAUUGAUUCAUACGGUCUUAAAGGACAUAAGACCUGGGAUAUUAACAAAUUGCGUGAGGAAGCUAGGCGGAAUGCUAAUUUCUUCCGCUACGGAGAACUCGCGCAGGAGGCCACGCUUGUCUCUCGGUUGGAGGGUGGCAUUCAGUGGGUCUUGGACCAGCUGAAAAUCGGGAUGUUGAGUGGCAGGAGGGAGGGGGAAAGAGUAGCUGAUAAUAUCAAGGAAACAGUUUCACAUGGUACACAACGUAUGGCCGACGAACUCUAAAGAGAACACUUGGAGCUCAUCUUUCUUAACUUCUGCAACGGGUCAAAAACAUGGGUAGGUGCUCUGCGAGAGUAUGAAAUUGUGUUGUCUUAAAAAAUUAAUGUACACGCUGCAUUUUUUUUUUUUUUUUCGGUGUCCAUUUUGCUCUUUCUUACCCUCCAAUUUUGUCAAAAUGUUUGUUCUUCAUGCUCUUCAGUUUGCUGUUUAUUCUUCUAUUAAUUUUGAUGGCAUGACAUGAUUGAUUAAACUGUAAUGAUGGCAGUUAUAUGAACAUAGUUCAAUCUGAUAAUGAGAAACGAGAUCAAAAAAGAGGGAACCUUUUUUUAAGGUACAGAAAGCG